AUGGGUCUGCAAACUCGCAAAAUGGCAAAAAAGGCCAAGGCACUCAAUAUUCCAAAAGCAGAAAAUGACACCCAUGCAUGCUAUGGAUACACUCUCAAACAGCUGACACAAAUCAGAAUCCAGUCCAAUACGAAAGAAUGCCAAAACUUGACAGAUGCACAACUCAAAGCAAAAUCCACCUAUCGACGCAAAAUUUGCCUAAACUUGAUACACAAACAAAAGCAUGAUGAUACACCAUAUUGUGCGUCCACAAAGGCAUUUCUGCAAGAAUAUCAGUAUCGAUCCAGUGUUCUCUCGCACUUGGAUUAUGCUCCCUACAAUGACAACAAUGUCAGAAACAAAAAAGCGGUACCAGUGGAACAACAGAAUCAUCUACUCUACGGCGUCAUGGAGUACUUGGGAGGCAUUGACACUCAUUCGAAUGGUGACAUGCUAUGGUUUGGAAUCACCGAACGCAUGACGGAAAGUUUGUGUUUGCUCCAUUUUCACUUGAACAUACUACCCAUGAUGUCAAGGACAAGUAUCCCCCAAGAACGAGUACAAUCCUGUCGUCCCACCACCUUUUGGAACAAUUCGGACUCACAAACAGAAUUCUAUAACAAAGAGGCUAUCAUGGUCCAGCUCCAUCGGGUGGCCAAUGCCGUACUCGACGUACAAUUGCACAAAAUGAGGCACAAACUGCAGCAAACUCGCGUCCAUCUCUUGCCGCCGGAAUGCCUCCACAGCGAUGACAUGGUGUGA